AUUUUCGUUCUUUUGCAUGAAGGACACGACCUGGCAACUCAGAUGAAAUUAGCUGAAGAAGGUCGGCCUGGCAGCUACUCUCCUCUCCGGUUUUGUUUGCAGCUACAACAAAAUUAAAAUCGCUGCGUGUAUAUAUUGAGCUUCAGGGAGAUGUCGGCAAGUGAUGACUCUGCUGACUUAACCAGAUCGGGCUCGCCAGUUCAUCGAAGAAAAAAGCACAGUGUGGACUCCUCUAGAUCUCCUAGAAUGUCUAAACAUCACCAUUCACGAUCAAGAUCUCGUUCGAGGGACAGAAAACGUGACAGAAAAUACAGACGAAGUCGUAGCAGGAGCAAAGAGGCACGAAAAAGGGACUCUGAGAAGCCACCAAAAUCUUACAGAAAAACAGAUGGUCCGAAAGAGGAGAGACACUCAACGGAGAACGGAGAGGAGCGGUCCAGGCGAAAGGAAAGGCGAUCUUCGAGAGGCCGAAGCUUAUCCAGGUCACACUCAAGAGAGAGGCGACACCACAGCCGAAGUAAGGAGCAGCGGCGGUCACGAUCGCGCAGCAAGGACAGGAAGAGGAAGGCUCGUUCUCGUUCAGGUUCGAGGACCAAACACCGUCACCACAGCAGAAGUCGUAGCAAGAGCAGGGAGCGAAAGAAGAAAAUUGAGAAAGUACACAAAAAAAGUCGAAGUAGGUCUGCUAGUCCACUGGUCUUCCGAGGCCGAAACACGGCUAUGGAUGCACAAGAGGCUCUAGCCAGAAGGCUUGAGAGAGCCAAAAAGCUGCAGGAGCAGAAAGAAAAAGAAAAGCACGAGAAACAUCAGCAGCAACAGCAGGAAAUAGUUGCAGCUGUGGCUGCCCCCAUUGCAGCAGCUGCUGCAGCGGCAGCCUCGAACCCGGCUCUCAACGUGGCAGCCCUUUUGGCCUCCGGGACACAAGUUACUCCUCAGAUUGCCAUGGCUGCGCAGAUGGCAGCCCUUCAAGCCAAAACUCUGGCCGAGACGGGUAUCGCGGUGCCCAGCUUUUAUAACCCGUCCGCUGUAAAUCCCUCCAAGUUCGCAGAGCAGGAGAAAAAGAGGAAAAUGCUAUGGCAGGGAAAAAAAGAAGGGGAAAAGUCUCAAACAGCAGAGUUGUGGGAGAAGCUAAACUUUGGAAACAAGGACCAGAAUGUUAAAUUUCGGAAACUGAUGGGUAUUAAGGGUGAGGAUGAAGAGGCAGAAGUUUCCAAACCAAUUAAUGAUGAAGGCCUGAAGACUCUUCAGAAACAGGAGGAGAUGUUCAGGAACCUUGAUGUGCAGUAUGAGAUGGCACGGUCUCAGACACACACCCAGAGGGGAAUGGGCUUGGGCUUCUCCUCCUCGUUCUCUCGAGGAAUGGAUUCCGUUUAGUGCCAAACGCAGACAGUCACUUCCUCUCAUCGUUUAAAACCACCAAAUCAUCGCUAGCUCUUCAGCUUGCAUGGAUGUUGCUUUGAACCUGUAAUUUAUUUAUAGACUAAUUGUAACAUGGUAAUGUAAAUAGAACAAUGCUGAGUUUGUCUCAGUGUUUAUUAAUCUGUACAUCUUUGUAAAAAAACAAAAAAAAACACAUUGACUGAUGCAAAGGUAGAUUUUUUUUUCCAACAAUGUGGUAGCUUUUUUAAACUCAAAUAUAGAUAUGUGAUUGUCUGAAUACGAUGUGGUUUAAGUGGACGCUGUUUACAUCCAUUUAGCAAAAGGCAUCCUAGGUCAAUGGUAGCAUUAUCAGAAUCCUGUUUUUUCUUUUUGAUUGGCAAUAACAAACCCUGGUUGAUGGACAUAGUUUUCUGAAUUUCUAUGGGCUGUAGUCAUCUUGAAGGGAGUAAUCAAAUAUUUCAGAUGUCUUUGAAUUAAAUUUUGUGUUGGAAAGAAA